AUGGCUUGUUUUGACAGCUGUCAGUGCCUUGGCGAAAGUGGGAAGAGAAGCAUCCUUUUCAGCAUUUUGAAAAACGAAAAUAGCCGAAUCACCAUUCGCGCCACAUUGACCGCACUGCAACAUCAAGCUUGUUUCUGUGAAACUAAGAAAGUGGUUCUCCGUUCUCCCCAAAUAACCUGUGAGGCAACGUCGGCUGUGCUUUUAAAAACGCGGUUUGUUAAAAAUGUACCUUGUUUUCGGGAGCUUCCAGCAGAGGACCAGUUACAACUUGUCCUCAGCAACUGGACACCGAUGCUUGUUUUGGGUAUGGCACAGGACUUGAUCGACUUCGAGACCAUGGAGGCGCCAGAACCCAGCAUGCCACAGAAGAUACUGACCAGCAGUAGACAAGGAAAAUACCAUAUCGCCCACGAUCAAAGCGUCCAAGGCGUUCCUCUGACUGAUGUCCAACUGAUAAAAAUGUUUUUGAAUAAAUGUUGGGAAAUGGAUAUAAGCAACAAAGAAUACGCAUAUUUAAAGGGAGCCAUUCUCUUUAAUCCUGACAUUGCAGAGCUGCAGUGUCAAAAUUACAUUCAGGCACUGCAGAGAGAAGCCCAUCAAGCACUUAAUGAAUAUGUCAAAAUGGUUCACCGAGGAGAUGCGAUAAGGUUCAACAAACUAUCGGUGCUACGGUCCAUCAAUUCAAAAGUCGUUGCUGGUCUUUUCUUUAAACCUGUCAUCGGCAGCGUCAGCAUGGAGGACCUUCUACUCCAGAUGUUUUACAGAUGAAAAUCUGCUCGAGGGGUUUUACAGAUAUUGGGCAAAGAUAAACAGUUUAUAGACCGAAUGUAGA